GGGGUCCGGGCCAGCGCUGUCCUGCCCCGGAGCCGCGUAGCGGACAUGGCGGGCUCCCGGCUCCCGCAGCAGCUCUUCCUCCAGGGUGUGGCCGCCGUCUUCAUGUGCGCCUUUGCCUCCCUCUACAUGCAGAUCCCUGGCCUCUACGGCGCCGACGGCAUCUUGCCCGCCCGGAGGAUGCUGCGGCCGCAGGGCAAGGGCCGCUGGAGGCAGCUGUGGGAGACCCCGACGCUGCUGUGGGAGGCGCCGCUGCUGGGGCUGGACACCGCGCAGGGCCUGGAGCUGCUGAGCCUGCUGGGCGCGCUGCUGGCCCUGGGCGCGCUGCUGCUGCGCCGCCUGCGCCACCCGCUCACCUACCUGCUGCUCUGGGCUGCCUACCUGUCGGCCUGCCAGGUGGGACAGGUGUUUCUCUACUUCCAGUGGGACUCCCUCCUGCUGGAAACCGGCUUCCUGGCUGCGCUGGUGGCCCCGCUGUGGCGACCCCCCCACCACAAGCAGGCCCCCCACGAGGACCUCCCCUUCUGGCUGGUGCGCUGGCUACUCUUCAGACUCAUGUUCUCCUCGGGUGUGGUCAAGCUGACCAGCCGCUGCCCCACAUGGUGGGGGCUCACCGCGCUCACCUACCACUACGAGACCCAGUGCCUGCCCACGCCUGCCGCCUGGUACGCCCACCACCUGCCCGUGUGGCUGCACAAGCUCAGCGUGGUGGCCACCUUCCUCAUCGAGGUGGCCAUGCCCCUGCUGUUCUUUGGCCCCGUCCGCCGCCUGCGCCUGGUCUCCUUCUACUCCCAGGUCCUGCUCCAAGUACUGAUCAUCAUUACCGGCAACUACAACUUCUUCAACCUCCUCACGCUGGUGCUCACCACUGCCCUCCUGGAUGACGCCCACCUGUCUGUCCACUGUGACCACAGUCGCCGCAGGAGGACGCCCGCCUCCUGGCCCAAGACAGUGCUGGCCGCGCUGGGGCUGCUGCUGGAACUGGGCGUCUAUGGCCUGCUGGCCUACGGCACCAUUUGCUGCUUUGGCCUGGAGGUGGACUGGGAGAGGCACAGUGUGGAGUCCAGGACCACCUUCACCUUCCACCAGUUCUCCCAGUGGCUGAAGACAGUGACUGUGCCCACCAUGUGGCUGGGGGCGGCCUCCCUCACCUGGGAACUGCUAACUGCCCUCUGGAGGUGGACACAGGUGCGAGGGUGGCUUCCAAAGCUGGUCGCAGCCACUGAGCUGUGCAUCAUGGGUGCAGCCACCGUGGCCCUGUUCACAGUCAGCCUGGUGCCGUACUCCUACGUGGAGCCGGACAGCCACAGCCGCCUCUGGACGGGCGCCCACCGCCUCUUCAACUCGGUGGGACACCUGCAGCUCGCCAGCUCCUACGGCCUCUUCCGCCGCAUGACUGGUGUGGGCGGGCGGCCCGAAGUGGUGUUGGAGGGCAGCUAUGAUGGGAACCAGUGGACGGAGGUGGAGUUCAUGUACAAGCCAGGGAACAUGAGCCAGCUACCCCCCAUCGUGACGCCGCACCAGCCGCGCCUGGACUGGCAGAUGUGGUUCGCAGCGCUGGGCCCACACACCCACAGCCCCUGGUUCACCAGCCUGGUGCACCGCCUGCUGCAGGGCAAGGAGCCAGUGAUCCGCCUCAUCCAGAACCACCCAGCCAGGUACCCUUUCUACCAGCGACCGCCCACCUACCUGCGGGCCCAGCGGUACAAAUACUGGUUCUCACAGCCCGGGGAGCAGCGGAGAUGGUGGCGCCGGCAGUGGGUGGAGGAGUUCUUCCCGGCCGUGACCCUCGGGGAUCCCACACUGGAAACGCUGCUCAGACAGUUCGGUCUUCAGGACAAGAGCCCUCCCCGGGUCCGCAGCACCACCAACACCCUGGCCCAGAGCCUGCACUGGAUACGGGAGCAGCUGACGCCCCUGGACACCCCCACGCUGCUCUGGGGGCUCCUUGCCGCCACCGUAGCCCUCAGGGUUUUCCAGGCCCUCUGGGGCCCCCGCUCUGCUCGGUCCUCCGCUCCUGCCCGCGAGGAGAAGCCCCAGCUGUCCCCCAAGAAGGACUCAGGAAGUGCCAGCAAGCCGUCGACCCCAGCAUCCGAGAGCGGCAGCCUGCGGUCCCGGGCCUCCCGGAAGAAGAAGUAGCCCCGUGUCCACCGCCUGGCCCUGGAGGGCCAGCCAGAAGCUCAGGUCUCGGCCACUGAGCCACAGUGCCUUAGGCAGCUGGUGCUGCUGUCCCCAGCGGGCUGCCCCUGUGCCGGGCGCCCCUGGAUUCUCCACUCUGGCCUGAUGGUGGUACACAGCCCCGAGUUGGGGCAUCAGAACUGGGGACCCGCUCCCCUGCCUCCACCACAAGGUCUGGAGUCCUGGUCCCCGGCACAGAGCCGAGGGGCCCUGCCAGCCCAGAUCUCGGACCCGCACACCAAUAAAGGCAUCUUUAUACUGG